CAAAAGCCGAGUCUUCUGAUGGCUCCGUUAGGUGAAGUUGGGAACUAUUUCGGUGUGCAGGAUGCUGUGCCGUUUGGGAAUGUACCCGUGUUGCCGGCGGACAGCCCGGUUUUGUUAAGUGACCACCUGGGUCAGUCCGAAGCAGGGGGGCUCCCCAGAGGACCUGCAGUCACGGACUUAGAUCAUUUAAAAGGGAUUCUCAGGCGGAGGCAGCUCUACUGCAGAACUGGAUUUCACUUAGAAAUUUUCCCCAAUGGUACCAUCCAGGGAACCCGGAAAGACCACAGCCGAUUUGGCAUUCUGGAAUUUAUCAGUAUAGCAGUGGGCCUGGUCAGCAUUCGAGGCGUGGACAGUGGCCUUUACCUCGGAAUGAAUGAGAAAGGGGAGCUAUAUGGAUCAGAAAAACUAACCCAAGAGUGUGUAUUCAGAGAACAGUUUGAAGAGAACUGGUACAACACAUAUUCAUCGAAUCUCUACAAGCACGUGGACACUGGAAGACGCUACUAUGUUGCAUUGAAUAAAGACGGAACUCCAAGAGAAGGGGCUAGGACUAAACGGCAUCAAAAAUUUACACAUUUUUUACCUAGACCAGUGGACCCGGACAAAGUACCUGAACUAUAUAAGGAUAUUCUAAGCCAAAGUUGACAAAGACAAUUUCUUCACUUGAGCCCUUAAAAAAAAAGUCACCACUAUAAAGGUUUCACGCGGUGGGUUCUUAUUGAUAAGCUGUGUUAUCACAUCAGCUCCACUGUUGCCAAACUUUGUCGCAUGCAUAAUGUAUGAUGGAAGCUUGGAUGGAACAUGCUGAUUUUGUUCUGCACUUAAAGGUCGGUCCUUUUGGAGGAUUGCCUAUGCCCACUUGCUUGA